GGAAGACUCCGUGACCGUGGCGCAAGUGCACGGCGAGAAGUGCGAGCCGGGGCUGACGGAAGGCGCACCCCCGGAUUGCUCCUCGUGUCUCUUCGGGCGCGGACCUCAGACGUCCAGGGCUGGAACCCAUCAGGCCUCGGACAGGGCUUCCUUGCAGGGCCGUUGGGUCCUGGCAAACCCGAGUAACUCCCUGAGGGGCUUUUUGUUUGGGAGGCUGCCUCAUCACUGUCACUGCGGGUCUCCGCGCCUAUCUGCCUCUUUAUUUCUUUUGCUAUGUCAGAUUCCAGGAGUUUUGUAGCUUCCCGAUCCCGGAGAGAGAAAAAAUCAAAGAAAGGGCGACAGGAAGCUCUGGAAAGACUGAAAAGGGCAAAAGCUGGUGAGAAAUAUAAAUAUGAAGUAGAGGACUUCACGAGUGUUUAUGAAGAAGUUGAUGAGGAACAAUACUCGAAGCUGGUCCAGGCCCGCCAGGAUGACGACUGGAUCGUGGACGAUGAUGGUAUUGGCUAUGUGGAGGAUGGCCGGGAAAUUUUUGAUGAUGACCUUGAAGAUGAUGCUCUUGAUUCCCAUGAGAAAGGAAAAGAUGAUAAAGCAUGCAACAAAGAUAAGAGGACUAUCAAGAGGGCUGCUGUGACAAAACCGAACAACAUCAAAUCAAUGUUCAUUGCCAGUGCUGGGAGGAAAACUGUAGAUAAAGCUGUUGACUUGUCCAAGGAUGAUCUGUUAGGUGACAUUCUACAGGACCUGAACACUGAGACACCACAAAUAACUCCACCACCUGUAAUAAUACCAAAAAAGAAAAGAUCCAGUGGAGCUUCACUGAAUCCUUUCUCUGUGCACACCCCCAAGGCAGCUCCUUCAGGAAAAACCGCUCCCCCGGCCUCAACGAAGGAGCCUUCAUUAACUCCUGUUCCUCUUACAUGUGUUGAAUUUGCUGGAGAGCCCAGGAUGCCACUGUGUUCAGAUGACAAGGAGGAGUCGGGGGCAAUGGAAUUUGAAGAUGGUGACUUUGAUGAGCCCAUGGAAGCUGAGGAGGUGGAUAUGGAGCCCGUAGCUGCCAAGACUUUGUGCCAAGAGAGGGAGCCAGCAGAGGAGGCGAAACAUGAGGCUGAUUCUGGGAAAGGGACCACAUCCUCCUCAGCAAGUUUUCUCCCAGAUAUCUCUUGUUGGGACAUGGAUCAGGAAGAUGACAGCAGUUUCUCAGCCCCAGAAGUUCAAGUGGAUUCCAGUCACCUCCCACUGGUAAAAGGAGCUGAUGAGGAACAAGUAUUUCAGUUUUAUUGGCUGGAUGCUUAUGAAGAUCCAUACAGCCAACCAGGUGUGGUAUUUCUGUUUGGCAAAGUCUGGAUCGAAUCUGCUGACACCCACGUGAGCUGCUGUGUCAUGGUGAAGAACAUCGAGCGAACGCUCUGUUUCCUUCCCCGUGAAAUGAAAGUUGAUCUAAACACGGGGAAAGAAAGUGGAACUCCAGUUACCAUGAAGGAUGUUUAUGAUGAAUUUGAUGAGAAAAUAGCAGCAAAAUACAAGAUUAUGAAAUUCAAGUCCAAGGUAGUAGAAAAGAACUAUGCUUUUGAGAUACCUGAUGUUCCGGAGAAAUCUGAGUACUUGGAAGUUAGAUACUCGGCUGAAAUGACACAGCUUCCUCAGGAUUUGAAAGGAGAAACUUUUUCUCAUGUAUUUGGGACCAACACAUCCAGCCUGGAACUGUUCUUAAUGAAUAGAAAGAUCAAAGGACCUUGUUGGCUUGAAGUGAAAAAUCCACAGCUCUUGAAUCAGCCAAUCAGUUGGUGUAAAGUUGAGGCAAUGGUCUUGAAACCGGACCUGGUGGACGUAAUUAAGGAUGUCGGUCCUCCUCCAGUUGUGGUCAUGUCUUUGAGCAUGAAGACAAUGCAGAAUGCAAAGACACAUGAAAAUGAGAUUAUUGCUGUGUCAGCGUUGGUCCAUCACAGCUUUGCAUUAGAUAAAGCACCCCCACAGCCUCCCUUUCAGUCACACUUCUGCG